AUGGCGUCUGUUGAUAUCGACUACAGGAAAAGAUUCGAUGAUAAUCCACUAUCGGAGGUUUCGGCCACCUCAUUUGUCCUUGGAGGCAUUUUCGGGUUUUCGGCCGCAAUCUCGCUUACACAGCAGUACAAACCAAUAUACUUAUACGCGGCAUCAGUCUCUCUUUUCCACUUUCUCGAGUACUUUAUGACGUCCAAGUUUCAACCCACAAAAGUCACAUCUGACUCUUUUCUACUCAAUAACGGCUUAGAGUAUCUUUUGGCACACACGUUAGCCCUUCUGGAAACGUUCAUUGAGCUUUAUUUCUUUCCAAACUUCAAGAGAUCUGGACACUAUGUCAAGAUAAUUGGGUUGUGCCUCGUGAUCUUUGGUCAGAUACUCAGAACUCUUGCCAUGGCCACAUCAGGUGAAAACUUCUCGCAUAUCAUCGAGCACUCCAGGAAAUCUUCACAUGUACUCGUUACCUCUGGUAUCUACGGCUACUUCCGGCAUCCCUCAUACGUCGGCUUCUUCUACUGGGCCGUCGGGACCCAGAUGCUUCUUCUUAAUCCAGUAAUAUCGAUGCUCUUCAUUGUUUUGCUCUACAAGUUUUUCUCAGGCCGCAUUAGAUACGAAGAAUCCACACUAGUGACUUUCUUUGGUCCCAAGUACAUCGCUUACAGGAAGAAAGUUCCUGUUGGCAUACCAUUUUUAUGA